CCCGGGCAGCCGGCGGGCGGGCUGGCGAGGGGGUGGCGGGGAGGAGGGCGCGGGGGCUGCGGGGCGCGGGGCAGCGGACUGCGGCGCUGCAGCCUCCCGAGGGCCAGCUCGCCGAGCCCGGGGCUGGGUGUGAGCCGCGGCGAGGCGGCAGCCCCGCGCACACCGAAGAGGAGGCGGCUGUGACGGCAGCGGCGGCCCCAGCCAUGCUGUGCUAUGUGACGAGGCCGGACGCGGUGCUGAUGGAGGUGGAGGUGGAGGCGAAAGCCAACGGCGAGGACUGCCUCAACCAGGUGUGCAGGCGGUUGGGAAUUAUAGAAGUUGAUUAUUUUGGACUGCAAUUUACGGGUAGCAAAGGUGAAAGUUUAUGGCUAAAUCUGAGAAAUCGGAUCUCCCAGCAGAUGGAUGGGCUAGCCCCUUACCGGCUUAAACUGAGAGUCAAGUUCUUCGUGGAGCCUCAUCUCAUCUUACAGGAGCAGACUAGGCAUAUCUUCUUCUUGCACAUCAAGGAGACCCUCCUGGCCGGCCACCUCCAGUGCUCCCCGGAGCAGGCAGUGGAGCUCAGCGCCCUCUUGGCCCAGACCAAGUUUGGAGACUACAAUCAGAACACGGCCAAGUACAGCUACGAGGAACUGUGUGCCAAGGAGCUCUCCAGCACCACCUUGAACAGCAUUGUUGCGAAGCAUAAAGAGUUGGAGGGGACCAGCCAGGCUUCGGCCGAAUACCAGGUGUUGCAGAUCGUGUCGGCAAUGGAAAACUAUGGCAUCGAGUGGCAUUCCGUGAGGGACAGCGAGGGCCAGAAGCUCCUCAUUGGAGUUGGACCUGAAGGAAUCUCAAUUUGCAAAGAUGACUUCUGCCCAAUUAAUAGGAUCGCUUACCCUGUGGUGCAGAUGGCCACCCAGUCGGGAAAGAACGUGUACUUGACCGUCACCAAGGAGUCUGGGAACAGCGUGGUGCUGUUGUUCAAGAUGAUCAGCACCAGGGCGGCCAGCGGGCUCUACCGAGCAAUAACGGAGACCCACGCUUUCUACAGGUGUGACACGGUGACCAGUGCCGUCAUGAUGCAGUACAGCCGAGACCUGAAGGGCCACUUGGCCUCUCUGUUUCUGAAUGAAAAUAUUAACCUUGGCAAGAAGUACGUCUUCGAUAUUAAAAGAACGUCAAAGGAGGUGUAUGACCACGCCAGGAGGGCUCUGUACAACGCCGGUGUCGUGGACCUCGUGUCGAGAAGCGAGCACAGCCCUCCCAGCUCCCCGCUUAAGUCCUCGGAGAGCAGCCUGAACUGCACCAGCUGUGAGGGCCUCAGCUGCCAGCAGACCAGGGCACUGCAGGAGAAGCUGCGCAAGCUGAAGGAGGCCAUGCUGUGCAUGGUGUGCUGUGAGGAGGAGAUCAACUCGGCCUUCUGCCCCUGCGGCCACACCGUGUGCUGUGAAGGCUGCGCCGCCCAGCUACAGUCGUGUCCGGUCUGCAGGUCGCGGGUGGAGCACGUGCAGCACGUCUAUCUGCCGACCCACACCAGUCUGCUCAACCUGACCGUAAUCUGACAGGUUGUGCCCUUCACGGGGCAUGCCACAUUUCCACGGACUGCACUGCUACUUAACUACACAAAUGAUAGAUCGUGGAGAAAACAAAAAGCUCGACGCGCCCAUCUGCCAUGCAACAUUUAAAAAAGGAAGAAAAGGACAAAUAGAGUUUUCCUCCCCACCAAAACAUCCCACGUGUAGAGUCCACGCCGGUGGUGGUGGGGCCGGGAAGAGUUCUGGACACGGACACGUUCCCUGGACACGGACACGUUCCCUGGACUUCUCAUCAUCCAGUUAGAGGAAUAAGUAGGAUCUGUGAUGUCAGUUAAGUGGCAGCAGAGCCAAAAAGUGGGUACCUUUUAGGAAAGGAUGUUGUGAAGUCUCCUGAUGUAUCCCGAGGUAAGUUUCCUACGUGGCAGCAAAUUUUGUAAGAAUUCGUUUUAAGAAUUUACUUGGUUCUUUUUGUACGGUCGUGGAGCUCUGAACAUUUUAAUAGGAAACUUUUCUUAAAGAAACUGUCAUUUUAAUGUCAUUUCUGUUUUUGUAACUUGCUCAAGAACGACUGGAAGGCAAACAGAUGUCAGAGAGUCCAUUCUGUGACUUUCAAAACGUUGACAGCCAGGUUGUCAGGCAUAAACCAGUCUGGCUAGUGGCAGGCAGAGAACUCAGUAUGCACGGCUUCCUCUCCCCCCUCCCUGCACUCUUUCCCCCAAGUCUUUCAAUUAUAAAAUGCUACCAGUCUGGUUAUAAGAUUUCUGUGGAGCAGUCCGCACUCCUUGGGCUCUUGAGUUGGUGGGAUAUUUUUUUGAAAUUGAAAAGGGGACACCUGUUCCUCGGGAAGCAGAGCAUUGCCUGCAGAGAUGAAGCCUCACCAUGGAGAACCCGGGGGGGGGGGUCCCCACUUCUCCCAAAACCUCUACUCCAGCUUCAUCCCCUGGGAUUGCUUUUGCUCGAGCCAUCAAGCCUUUUAUAGCCUUAUCGUAGGUAUCUUAGAUUAUCGUAUGCUUUUUUUUUUUGGUAGUAAGUGCUUAAGUAUUAACUUCCGGUGGUCCUCUCCCUAGGUCUUUGAGGGGUUUUGAAUUUCUUUGUUUCUACAUUCUUAGUCACAGUUUCCACUCCCACUGGGGCAUUUUGGACGCUGGUCAGCUUGUGGGUUUUCUAGGACGUCGGGACACCUAGAUGACCUUAUUGGGUGCAAUACUAGCUCAGUGAAAGCUAGAAACCUACACUGUCACUUUACUGAGAUUUCCGAGUAUACUUUUCAUAUUGCCUUAAUGUAGCAGUAAUGUGUUUAUGCAUUUGUUUCUUUGCACAGACAUUUUGUCAAAUAUUAAAACUCUACUUUUUUAUGGCACAUAUUAGCAUAUAAGCCUUUAUUCCAAGAGGUAUUUAUUUUUUCACUUGUAAAAAAAAAAAAUAAUGUUUCCACAUAAAGAACUCUGUUAUAUCCUAAAGGACUUCUGUCUUUUGUAUUCAGGAUAAUAAAGACUUUAAAGCAGA